AUGCCUGGCCAGUUCAGAACCCCCAGUGACCCUCCUGUGUCCAGCCUCCUCUCUUUCCCCUCCUCCUGGAGCCCUGGCCACCUGCACCCCCUACGUUUCCGAGUCCGAACUGAAUCCAUGGACUGGCGGCGCCUCUCUGCCCUGGAUGUGGAUCACGUGGCCAGGGAGAUGGACGUGGUCGUACUGCAGGAGUACAUAUCUGCUGUCACCUUCUGUGAUGUCACAGGUGAGAGGUGUCCCCACUGCCGUAGCCCUGCUGACCCGGCCCUUGUCAAGCUCCUACGUAUGUCCCAGCUCAGCACAGAGUACCUGCUGCACUGUCAGGACUACCUGAGCUCCCAGGUGUCUGAGCUGGAGGACCGUCUACAGGGGGCCCUCUCUAAGGCAGACAGAGAGGGAGAGGAGAGGGCCAGGCUGGACUCUGAGCUACAGGCCACUAAACAGGAGAGCAAACUCAGGAAGAAGAUGCUAGCCACACAGCAGCUUCUACUGCAGGCUAGCUUCAACAACUACCACAAGUGCCAAUGCUGUGAGAAGUCCUUCAUCAACUAUUCCUACUUACAAGCCCACCUACAGCGCAGGCAUCCAGAGCUGACAGACACAGAGCGGCAGAAGAAGAGGCAGGUGGAACAGAUGGAGGAUGGGAUAGAGGAGCUGAGAGAGAGGCUGAAACUGUCCCAGACUAGACUGGACAUCGAGAGGGAAGCAGAGGCCCUAAGGAAACAGCAGGAGCUGGAAGAUCAGCGAAGGCAAGAGACCUCGGAGCGAGAGAAGAUGGAGAGCUGGAAGGAGGAGGAGAGGAAGAAGUUUAAAGAGGAAAUGAGGGACCUGAAGCAGCUGUUCCUGCAGGAGUUCAGAGAUAUGGCCAGCAGGAGCUCCUCCAUCGAGGCUAAACUGCAGGAGCUCCAGACCAGAGAAGAAGUGACUGUUUCUAACCUGGGCUCCUAUCAAGAGGACGAUGAGCUGCAGCAGAGAGAGGAGGCAGCGAAGAGGAUGAUGAAGAAGAAGAUGUCUGAGCAGAAGCGUGAGUGGAACAAACGGUUUAAAGAGGUCCAGAACAGGCACAUGUUGGAGAGAGAUGAGCUGCAGAGUGAGAAUGAUAGGCUGCAGCUGGCCCUGUCUGUAGAACACAGGUCAGACCGACACAGGCUAGAACAACAGGUCACCUCCCUGUCUGCCAGGGUCCAACAGAAAGACCGGCUCAUCAGGUCUCAGGAGGAUAAGAUCAACAGGAUGUCUAGAAGACCAGUGGCAGGUCUGGAGGACUCUGGUGAGACCAGGAGGAGACUGUUGGAGUCCCUCCGGAGGAACCCCGCCUUGGUGAAGGAGUUCAGAGCCAUACUAGAGGAAACGCUGGAGGAGAGGCUGGAGAAAAUGGGCCUUAGAAAGGGAACCAAGGGUAUAUCCAAGAAGUCCUUUAAGAGCCUGAGCGCGUUGGUAUCUGGUCAGCGACAUCAGAUGUCCAAACAGAAAGCAGACCUCCUGGAGCUCAGAGAGAGCCUGGCCAGAGAGCUGACGCGCAGGGUGCACGCCCUGCAGAGGAGCCAGGGGACCACCGUACCUACUUUACCCAGACAGGUUACCAUACCCAGUACCACCCCUCAGUCCCGCACACCCCUCCCUUCAGUUCUGAGGAUGAGGCAUCAGGAGAAGACAUUCCCUCUGUCACCAGCCCUGGCAGUAGGUCUGGUGUCUCUGUCACCAGUCCUGGCAGUAGGUCUGGUGUCUCUGUCACCAGCCCUGGCAGUAGGUCUGGUGUCUCUGUCACCAGCCCUGGCAUAUCAGGAUUAUUUCAGCUGGGUCCCUUGUUUUGUGUUGUCUGGGUCUGUAGUUAAAACGCUGACCAGAAGCUUGGAGAGACAGUUGAGUUUUCCAAUGACCAAGCCAGUAGGAGGAACCAGAGUGGUGGUGCCACCAGCAACAGCCAAGGUCUUACCCAAACCCAAACCCAGGACAGCGUUAAAAACCCUACAGUUAUCGGAUGAGGAGAGCGACCUAGAACUGUCUUCCAUCGAGGAGCUCCUGUCCCUGCCGGUAGGGGGCCAGUCUCAGUCCCUAGGUGGGCGAGGGAGCACCGAGGUGGGCCUGGGAGGAACCUCAGGAACCAGCGUGUGGAGCUCCUCAACCAGCAGAGCAGGAGGGCUUUAA